GGUGCAGUAGAGCCCAUGCAGAUUGACGUAGAUCCACAAGAAGAUCAGCAGAAUGCACCUGAUAUCAACUAUGUGGUGGAGAACCCCACUCUGGAUUUGGAGCAGUACGCGUCCAGCUACAGCGGCCUGAUGCGAAUCGAGCGGCUGCAGUUUAUUGCUGACCACUGCCCACAGCUGCGGGUGGAAGCUCUCAAGAUGGCACUGUCAUUUGUCCAGAGAACUUUCAAUGUCGAUGUGUACGAAGAGAUCCACAGAAAGUUGACCGAGGCCACCAG